UUUAAAAUGAUGAAUAUGUCUAGUGUCGAGGGCAAAAAGAAGCUCCUCGGCAGUGACCAGGUGAUUCAACAGUCUUUUGGAGGACCAGGGAAUGAAGGAUGGAUCACCCAUUUGAGAGAAUCAAAAGAUAGCUUAUUUACGCAUGAGUUCCUGCCAAACCCGCCUCCUUUCUUUUUUAAGGAGAGAAUGUCUAAAUUGGAUUGGAAGGAGGUCUCUAAAGUAGAUCCAAAUAAAAUUAAGGCUAAUGUCGAUCUUCCAAAGAUGAGCAGCAUGCUGAAUAACUUGGUGUUUGGCUAUGUCGAUUCUGAAGAAAUAGAGAGAUUUGGAGAGAGAAUGGCCACUAAGACCAUCCAUAUGCUUCAAUACUGUGUUGAAUAUUUGCUUUAUGUCCAAGAUUAUGUCACUAAGUCAUGUGAACUUCUUGAUUCCAAAUAUAAAGAACUUGAUGAAGAUUAUACAAUUGUUUAUGAAAUAGCAAAGAAGAGGAAAAAGCAGAUUGACCUGCUCAAAAGUGAUAUUAAGAACAAAAAUAAAGUUAUUGAAAUGUAUGAACUCAUGAUCCAAAAAUCCAACGAUGAAGAAGCUCUUGCUUACUCAUGCAUCCAUUGUCCUGAGAAAUUUCUGUCUCUUCACCUGCUCAAGCAGCAUCAUAGCCAAUUCCAUCGCAAGAAAGAUUUCGAUGAGUCUCUUUACACAAAGAACAUCCAUCAUAAGAAUGCUAAGGAGAGAAAAGAACUAGAACAAAGAAUGCUUGAAGAACAGCAAAGAAGAGAGAAGAUCAAGGAAAAAGAACUCAAGGCUCUCCAGGACGACCUUAAAAGUCUCCGUAGAGACCUCAGCCAUGUCAUGAAAUCCGAAAUAUCAGGAAUAGUUAAAGACAAGGACGAUAAUCUCAAAAUGAUCGACAAGAAGUUGGUCGAGAUGAAGUCAAUGGUAACCAGUACUCUUGCACAUAAGGAUGAUCAUAAGAAAUGGGUUGAAGAUCAUGAAGAUAUGCAAGAGACCAAACUUUCUGACCUUAAAACCCACAUUGACACCACUCUUGUCAAGUACAAAGAAGAUCUCGAUCAGAAGUUAAAGACUAUCAACAGAGAGAAAGAUAAGGUCAGAGAAGACCUUCAAGCUGAAAUCUCUGGGAAGGAUAAUGAAUUAUCUAUAUACAAAAAGAAAAUAGAUCAGCUGAAAAGAGACCUGAACAAAGCCCAUGAAAACCUAGAAUCUAAAGACAAGGAGGCGAAGGAUGCCAACUCUGUCCUUUCGAAGACCCAAACUGAAAGAGAUAGCUCUGCCAGAACUAAGAAGGUUAUUGAAGACAGACUUGCAGUACUUGAAAAGCAUAAUGAUGGACUCACAACAGAGAAUGGCAAGCUCAAGAAAGAAGUGAAGGACCUAGAGAAGGACCUUACCGAGCUGAAUAAACAGCUUGAGAGCACUGGAGGCCAAAAAGACUCCAUGAUUGCUUCUCUGAAUAGAGAACUCAAGGAAAAAGAUGACAAUUAUGCCCUUCAAACCAAUGAACUAAACAAACUAAAGGCUGAGAAGAACAAACUUGAUGAUGAGAAAGAAGACCUCAUCAGAGAAAAGAACAAGCUAACCAAAGAUAUCGAGGCUAAGAAAUUCCUUGCAGAUAAGGAUACUAAGAAAGAAAUCAGGGACCUUACUAUCCAAGUCAAAGAUCUUGAAAAACAGCUCAAAGAGUCAGACCAAAAGAGGAAGGAACUUGAGGAUGAGAUCAGAAAACUAAGAGAAAACCAUAAACAACAUAUAGAGGAAGUUAAAAAGUUAGAGAAGUCUAAGAAGAAGUAUGAGGCGUCAAAGCCAGAGGAACAGAAAAAGCCUGAACCAAAGCCAAAGCAGAAGACAUGGAAGCAUACAAAGUUGAGCAUCAUUCUUCGUGAAUAUAGGAAUUUGUCUGAAAACAGGGAUAAUAAACCACCAGGGAUGGGUGAGAUCAUCAAGGAUAAGGAAGAAGUACUUUCCCAUAGCUCUUCUCUUGAGCCUCAUAGUCUAAGCUUGGCUGCCUUAUAUAAAUUGAUGGUCGACAAGAAUCAAUAUCAUGAAAUGUUAGAUCAUAAAUACAGAGAUCCCAUGAAGACAAAGUUCCAGCAUACCUUAACAGAAUUUGAAAAAUUAAGGAAGAAGGUGGCAAAGAAGAGCGUCAAAUAUGAAGGAGGCUUAGUCAAGAAGUACCUCAAGACAAAGGAUAACAUCCUCACUGAGGAGCUCUCAGAGCCACAGCUAGAUAGGCUCAAUGACCUCUUUGUAUCCAAGAAUCGGGAUGUUAAGAAUGACCUCAACUCCCUUGAUGGAGAAAUUCAAAAGAAAGAGGAUAAUCUCAGACCUAACAAAGAUGCUGAGAAGAGAAGGGAGAAGAUACUUAAGAAGGAAACCAUUCUAGAGAAUGAGAGAGCAAAGAAAGAAGCCCUUAAGAAGAGCAAGGAGAAGAACAAGGAGAAGACCAUAUCCAAGGAAGAGAAUAAAGAACCUGAGUCUAGCAGGAAGAAUAAGAAUAAAAAGAAAGAUAAAAUCAUUGUUUAA